UGGUUAAUAUUAUGUAUGGAAGAACACUUUCUUAUUCGAUCGGAUGAAAGACACGGAUACCAAAGUAAAUACCUUUAUUCGUUUGAAAUUAUUUAAGUCAAUUAGCCCAACGUUUGUAUUAGGUUUUUGAUUUUAAAAUAUUUUGACCUGGAGCAUCCCAGAAGAGACCAUAAAAAUGCUCAUCUUGCGCAGUAAAACUGAUACAAUUCACAUUAUUACAAAUCUACAUAACCCAUCAAAAAUCUGUAAAAUAUAUAUACCUUAUAGUGUUAUAUUUUACAGAUGAAUACGGAGUAUUUCUAAAGGGAGGAACGGCUCUAAAUUAUGACACAACACCGUCUUAUUCACUUGACAUAGAGUGUGGUGAUCAUCGUAGAAAUGUCUCUGGCAUCCUGACAGUUGAUAUCAUUCAAAAUGAGCCUCCAACCAUUGUUAACUUACCAAUGAGCUGUGAGAUACUAGAAAGCAUAACAGCAGAAAGUCUAUUGUAUACCGUAUCUGUUACAGACCCGACCAAUGACACAGUAACAUGCACUCUGACAACAGUCACUACUAUGUUUUAUUUGCAAAUUGGAUCAAAUCAGUAUGAAACUGAGAUAUAUGUUAGAGGGAAUCAAGGUUACGUGUAUGACACCCAAAGGCAGUAUACAUUGGAAAUAGUGUGUGCUGAUAAACAAAGAAAUGAUUCCUCUGAGUUUUACAUAUACAUCCUGCGUAACAUGCCACCAUAUUUUACUAAUAUCCAAGAUAAAACUACCGUACCGGCUAAAACCACGACUAUUGGUCAGGUUAUAUUUACUGUACAAAGUAUAGAUCCAGAGAAUGACAACUUACAAUAUACCAUGACUAGUAGUAGUUUGACUGCACCUUUUCUGAUAAACCAAAAUACUGGUGAAAUAUCACUUAGUCGAUCCAUAGCAGCUGAGUUAGUAUCUGGAUAUGAACUAUUCAUAAGUGUAUCAGAUGGGAGGAAUGUUGUUGCUAGUCGAACGCUAUCAGUACGGAUUACAGAAAUCAACAGUCCUCCAGAAUUUCUAACUCCUUCGCACAAUGUAAAUAUAUUGGAAGGAAUAAAUAUUGGUUCAACAAUAUUUCAACCAGUACUUACAGAUGCAGAUGUGUCAGAUGUUCAUACAUUUUCCGUGUCAUACUCACCACCAGAGGGUGCUGUUUAUUUUCAAGUUGACUCGUCAUCUGGAUUAAUAACAUCGCUUGCUCAAAUUGAUUAUGAGAUUAUUCCCUACAAAACAUUCCUGUUGAUGAUUACGGGUUCAGAUUCUCUGAUAGAAGAUUCCUCAAAUAUAACUCUGAACAUACAGAAUGUGAAUGAACCUCCAACAUUUACAAAGAAAAAUUAUGCAUUCACAGAAACAGAGAAUAGUGCAGGAACUGUUCUACAAAAUCCAUAUUACCAGUACACAGAUGAAGAUGGAGAUACUUUAAAAUUUUCAUUUGACUGUGGCGUCGACACAGGUAGAUUGGACAUGGAUUCAACCACAGGACUCCUGUCUUACUCAAUUGAUUAUGAUUUAGAUGAAAUUGGCACUGCAUCCCAAAUGAACUGUGAUGUUUACAUUAGUGAUACUGAGUACUCUGAUACUGCUUACGUGAAUAUUACCGUGCUUAAUGACAAUGAUAAUUCACCCAAAUUUGAUCACCCUGAAUACACUUUUUUUGUACCAAUCAGCACAGGAGUUGGGUCUUUUGUUGGACAGACACAAGCAACAGACUUUGAUAUAGGAAGUAAUGGCGAUGUCCUUUAUCACAUUACACAGGAAGGCGUUAGCAAUGCUUUGUUUGAAAUUGACGAAAAUGGUUCAAUAAAACUUAGCCAAAGUCUAACUAGUUAUACCGAAGGGUCAGAGUUAAAUUUAACAGUUUAUGCUGUGGAUUCUGGUGGAAGACAAGAUACAGCUUUAGUUUAUAUUGUACUUCCUGUUCCAUAUGAAUAUACAGCUUCGGCACAAAAUGAAAUACAGUACAUGACCUUUUUUACGUAUGCUCCAAAUAUGGCCUGGUUUGUUCCAUUGGUGUUCGUUUUGUCGAUUACAUUGUGUGUUGUUAUUCAUACACUAUACACUUCAAAGUGUUCAUGCAAAAUAUCAAAACGGAAAAACAAUAAAAGAAAGAGAAGAAUUAGGCGACGACUUGAAAGAUAUUAGUUUAGUCACAUACUUUAAGAAGACUUUUUUUAAACGUUUUUCCAUAAAAGAAAGAUAAAACAGUUAACGAACUCAUCAAGAUCAAGAACAUAGGAAAUAAUAAUUCUGCAAGCCUGUUAAAACUAAUUCUAUUGAUACAAUUAUUUACUGAUAACAAUAACCAUAACCUUAAUAUCAAUGGUAAUUUUAUUUAGAAAAAGACGCUGAAUAUACCAUGGUGACAUUUAAAACUCAUAAGUCGAAGAUAAACUGACAACGCCAUGACAAAUACUAUGGGUGACCGCAGGUGUGCCGAAAGGGUUUGAAGAUCCUACUACACUUGUGGCAUCCUACUACACUAGUGGCAUCCAUGACGUUGCUCAUGGUAAGUGCAAAUUCGGUGAUGAGUUUACUUCGGUGAUGUCACAAUCGAGAAAAUCGAGUUGAAUACAAAACUUAAAGACAAAAUAGAUGAUUUUAGCUUCCUAAUCAUGAACUUUCCAUUUCUCUGUAGCAACAUUCCAUCCCAUCAGCGCCGGUAUAUGGAAUACAUAUAUCUAAGUAUAUCUUUAGGUAUCCAUGCGUUUCUAUCAUUUUGCAAUAUUAAAGUGAUGAAGAACUUUAUCAAUAUAAUCAUCAAAAUAGUUAAAAUAUUGUAAUCAUACUCUCAUGUAUAUAAUUAUGUAAAUAUUGUUCUGUGGAGUUGCAACCAUCAUUCAUAAUAUAUAUUAUAUGUUGUUACCUUGUGUUGACUGUGUAUAUUGCCUCUUGUUUUUUAAUAAAGUAUUUACUUAUGUUAAGUAAACACGA